AAUUGAUGGAACAUUACACGUGGAUAAGGAAGGUUUAUAACAUUCACUCUGCGUGGACAUGAGUGUUACAUUUUUUGUUCAUCUUCUUUUGUUAACAGUGAUAUCAGCAGAAGAUUGCAAGGUAGAUCAGUAUGGCGAAAGCUACGAGGGUCAAAUUAAUACAACAAUUUCUGGACGUACCUGUCAAAGCUGGAAACUACAAAGUCCCCAUACGCACGAACGCGAUCCCUUCGAUCAUAAUUAUUGUAGAAACCCAUCAAAGGAUUAUCCAGGACCAUGGUGUUACACAACAGACACUCGUGUUCGAACGGAGUACUGCCCUGUCUACUUGUGUGGAACAAAUUGCAGUAAGGGAUUUUUCCGUUGUAAAGAUGGGAAAUGUAUAAUAGAUUAUUGGCAAUGUAAUGGAAUUGCUGAUUGUGCUGAAGCUGAAGAUGAAAGUUUGUGUGAUCAAAUGCCAGAGUGCCUAGAAGAUGGAAACAGUGUUUUGUACAGAGGUAAAAGAAACGUUACAGCUUCUGGAAUUCCAUGCCAGUAUUGGUCGUCAACAUCCCCACAUUCUCACACCUACCAGUUCAAUGCUGAAAACUAUUGUAGAAAUUCAGAUAGAACAACUUUACAAGCUUGGUGUUACACUCAAGAUGUAUCUGUUCGAUGGGAAUACUGUGAUAUACCUGUUUGUCCUUAUGUGACUACUGUGUCACAACCUGAAACCUCUACUGUGUCACAACCUGUAACAUCUACUGAGUCAAAACUUGUAACCUCUACCGUGUCACAGCCUGUAACCUCUACUGUGUCGCAACCUGUAACAUCUACUGUGUCACAGCCUGUAACCUCUACUGUGUCGCAAUCUGUAACAUCUACUGUGUCACAACCUGAAAUAUCUACUGAGUCACAAAUUGUAACCUCUACUGUGUCACAACUUGUAACCUCUACGGUGUCACAACCUAUAACCUCUGCUGAGAAGACUAGAGUGUUUACAACUAUAACAAAUGCACAAACAUCAAUUACGGAACCGUCAUCAGAAUCCUUUAGAUCAACAGAAACAACUACCAUUGGAGGUGCAACCGAGGCAAAUUGUACCUGCUUAUGCCAGAACUUCUCACAAUUCAAUUCCACUACACUGGAUUUAGAAUUAAGAUUAGCUGAACUUAAUAGAAUUCUUCGUGUCGAUAAACAUUCGACCAAAUUGAACAAAAGAAUGAAAACCAGCGCGGUAGACAACCGUGUUUCUGCAAAAUCUCUUGGUUGUAUCAGUGUAACUAUUUUGAUAGGUGUGGUCUUAUUUAUUGUAUUUCUUGACAUAUCACCUAAACCAUUAUAGUGUCAGCACCAUCACUCUCAUCCUAUCUAUAUUCAAUGCAAAAAAAAUAUUAUGU